GGCCUGCGGUGAAGGAGAGGAGACAUGGCGGAGGAGAGAAAAGACGAAGCCAAGUCACCGCAUUGGGCGUCGAGCCCGCUCCCCGAGGCUUCUUCGCACCCGCACUCCCCUGAGCUCAAGGAGCAAGGCGGGGCGGGUGCCGGGCUCGUCCGAAGCGCCAAUGGGUUUCCCUACCGCGAGGACGAGGAGCCAGGGCUGGCGGCGCGGGAGCAGCAGGACACCUACUCUCGAUCCAAAGAGAACGGCAUCAACGGGGAGCUCUCGGCAGGGGACAGGGAGACUGCAGAAGAAGUGUCUGCAAGGAUAGUGCAAGUAGUAACAGCCGAAGCUGUAGCAGUCCUGAAAGGCGAACAGGAGAAAGAAGCCCAGCACAAAGAUCAGCCUGGACCACUACCUUUAGCAGUUGAAGAGUCGGCCAACCUGCCCCCUUCGCCGCCUCCGUCGCCGGCUGCCGAGCAGACGGGACCUCUGGAGGAAGAUUUACUUACAGCCACGAAGAUGGAAAACCGUGUCCAGGAGGGCGCGCGUCCUUUCACAGCAGAACCAUUAGACACAAAGGAAUAUGAAUUUUGGAAAGACAGUAAGACUGGUGAGCAACCUAAACAUGAUGCCUUAGUUCCACAGCCAGCAAAAACAGAGGCUAUAGAUAAAAAGGAUUCACAGAGCAAAGACAAAAUACCUUUGCCUCUGUCAGACCAGAUUUUGGAAACUGAUGCCAAAAAGAAAGGGGAAGCCACUUUUGCAGAACCUGCUGCAAAGCCUCCUGUUUCUCAAGAACACAAAGAUUUGUCAUCUGAACUGCCUAAAGGGAGUAAAACAGAAGAAAGGACUGCAGAUGUGUCCUUGCCAGCCAGCCAAAUAAUCUCUAUGAAAUUUAAAGAUGACUUUAAAGAUGUCCAAGAGCUUGCCAUCACCCAUGGUGGAAACUUCCUGUUGCCAUCAGAACCCAAGGCAGAUGAAGCAAAAACUGAACUUCCUUCAGACCCAUCUCUCUCUGUCCUGCAGAGGCUUCCCCCUGAAGACAGUUCCAAAGCAAAACAGGAACCCACUGAUCAACUGCUUGCCAAAGUUCUCACUAAAGAUGAACAGAUCCACGGAGACAAGACACCAACUCCGCAAGGAGAAGUUUCAGCGGUAACUGUAGAUGGACUGAAACCACUGAGCACGCAGAAGAUCCCUGCCUGGGGGGAGGAAAAGGACGUGACCAAGGAUGAGAGUGAUGAGGAGGAAAGGUACGACUUCUAUGAUAAAGGGGAAGCUCGAAUAUUGGAUGAUGGCAAAUUUACCACUAAACCUGAAGAGAAGACACUUUUUCUAGACAAAGCAGACUUUCAAAAGGAUGGCGAAGCUAAAAAGUUACCUGAUAUUUUCAAAACGGAAAAAGACACAGACCAAAGGGGGCUCCCAGCAACAACAGACACAAAAAAGGAGGUGCAGCCAACCACAGAGGUGCCCCCUGGCAAGUUAAGCCAAGAACUGAUCCCUGGAAAAACUACAGAGCACCCUGAUACCACUCAAUUAUCCAGAGCAGUGGAGAAGGCGCCUGAGGCACCAGGUUUAACCAGUGACAAGACUCCUACUCUAGAACCUUCUCAGGCAAAAGAUGUUAAAAAAGACACCAAGCAGGAUCAGAUAAGUGUUUUGGAUUCCAUUACUCAUGAAAUGACAAUAGAAGAGGAUCGAUCAGGAAUGUCAAAGUAUUUUGAAACUUCUGCUCUGAAAGAGGAAGUGACCAAAGGAGAUGUCCUGAAGCUGGGCAGUGAUUAUUAUGAGCUGAGUGACACUAAAGAGAGUGCAUAUGAGCCUUAUCAGGCAGAUCAUCUAAUACCUGAAAGCAAAGAGGAAGAGGAGGAAGAAUUACAGGCAGAAGUGGAUCAGCAGCAGCCUGUGCCUGGUCAUGAAAUAGGGUACAGUACCCUUGCUCAGAGCUUCCCACCAGACAAAUCUGAGGAACCAAGUUCCCCAACAGAAAGAAUGUUCACUAUUGACCCCAAGGUCUAUGGAGAUAAGAGAGAGCUCCACAGUAAAAAUAAAGAUGACCUAACUCUGAGCAGGAGUUUGGGACUUGGGGGUAGAUCUGCAAUUGAACAGAGAAGUAUGUCUAUUAACCUGCCCAUGUCCUGCCUGGAUUCAAUAGCUCUUGGAUUUAGCUUUGGCCGUGCACAUGAUCUCUCUCCCCUUGCUUCAGAUAUUCUAACUAACACAAGUGGAAGUAUGGAUGAAGGUGACGACUACUUGCCAGCAACCACACCAGCAUUGGAGAAGGCUCCUUGCUUCCCCAUUGAUAGCAGAGAUGAAGAUGAGCAUGUUGAAGAGGAAAAAGCAAUGCCUGAAGAAAAAGUCCAGCCUGAGACCUCGGUUGAGUCACCUUUCCCAGCCAAAGACUAUUACAAAAAUGGUGCUGUAAUGGCUCCUGAUCUUCCUGAAAUGUUAGACUUAGCAGGGACAAGAUCUAGAUUAGCCUCUGUGAGUGCAGAUGCUGAGGUGGCCCAAAAGAAGUCAGUUCCUUCUGACACUGUUGCGGAAGACAGCAGCACAGCGCUGCCACCCGUGACAGAUGAAAACCAUGUAACUCUAAAAGCUGAAAGUCAGCUGGAAGACUUAGGCUACUGUGUUUUCAAUAAGUACACAGUCCCACUCCCUUCUCCUGUUCAAGACAGUGAGAAUUUAACAGGUGAAACCUGUCCAUUUUACGAAGGCACUGAUGAAAAACUGAGACGUGGCCUAGCUCCCGACCUGUCUUUGAUAGAAGUGAAGCUGGCAGCAGCGGAAAAAUCAAAAGAAGAAUUCCUCAGUGAAAAAGAUAUAGGUCAGCAUGCCCCUGGUGAAUCUAUUCUGGUGAGGGACUUUGAGCAGGAGAAGAAAGAGAAGUUGGAUACGGUGCUAGAAAAAAGUGAAGAUCAAGUUGAUGCUAAGGAGGUCUAUCCCAUUAAAGCUACAGAGCCGGAGAAGACAAGACCUGAGGCAACCUUAGAAGUGAAAGAAGAAGGUGUAUACGACAGACUAUUAGCUACAGAGGUAGCAAAAGGAAAAGAUGCUGUUUCUCUAUUGAUGGAGAAGGAGAAGACUCUUAGUGUUGUUCCCGAAAUGGCUGAGAUAGAUGCUCCAAUCAGACCAGAUUAUAAUGCUAUAAAGCAUGAUAUGGAAGUGGCUGCCAGGAGGGCAGACCAAGAAUAUCAGAGUCAAUUAGAUGCUAAGGUCCAUGAGGUUGUUUCUCCCCCUUCAGCACAAGACAAAGUCUCUGUUCAAAGAGCAGAGCCUGAACCUCAAGGAACUCAGCAGAAAGAUCAGACCAUUUUGUCCAGAGAAACGAAGGAUGCAGAUGUACUUUCCAAGAUUGAGCCUAGUCAUGUGAAGGACACUGCCAAAUUGACUGAAACAGAAAUUAAGGAAAAAGUUGCUAAGCCAGAUCUGGUACAUCAAGAGGCAGUUGAUAAAGAGGAAUCUUAUGAAUCUAGCGGAGAGCAUGAUCAAGUCCAGGAAGGUUUGAAUGGAGAAUCCUUGAAACCAGAGGACAUCAAAGGAGAACCUCCAAAGCCUCCUGUGUCGAAGGAAGACACUCCUGCACAACUGCCAACAAAGGAGCCCUCUGUGGAGCUCCCCCUUCCGAAAGCUGAGCCGCUGCAAGAAGAGACUGCCGAUGUUCAGAUGGAGAGCAUACCACAACCUACAGAGGGAAUUGAAAAGAUUCCAGAUGCAGCUGUGAAACCCAUGGAAAUUCAAAAGCCACUGCCAUGUGAAGUGACAGCUGAGGCAACAGAAAGGGAGGAACAGGAGGAGGAAGAGGUAGGAAGAGAACAAAAAGAAGAGGAUAAACAGCAACCCGUAAAAGAAGUGCCCCCAGAAGUAGACUUAGGGAUGCCUGCUGGUGAAGAAAUGCCAGCCGAGGUUGGCACAGAAGCACUGCUUGAACUGAAAGGCAUUAUUGAAUCCGUGGUGACAGUAGAGGAUGACUUUAUCACAGUGGUGCAGACAACAGUCGAUGAGGGUGAAUCAGCUUCUCACAGUGUGCGAUUUGCUGCCACCCAAGAAGACUUGGAAGCAGGGGACUCCCAGGCUGAGGAGGAACUGGAGAUAGAGGAAGGGGCUGACAUUCACGCUGAGCCCAAGGAGGGCUCCCCAGAAGCCCCUGCAACACCCGAGAGAGAAGAAGUCCUGCUCACCGACUACAAGACAGAGACAUGUGAUGAUUACAAAGAUGAAACAACUAUUGAUGACUCCAUCAUGGACACGGACAGUCUCUGGGCGGAUACUCAAGAUGAUGAUAGGAGCAUCAUGACUGAACAGUUAGAGACUGUUCCUAAAGAGGAGAAGGCAGAGAGAGAAUUGCGAAGACCAUCUCUCGAUAAGCAUAAAAAAGAGAAACCUUUUAAAACUGGGCGAGGCAGGAUUUCUACUCCUGAAAGGAAAAUAGCUAAAAAGGAACCUAGCACACUCUCCAGAGAUGAAGUGAGAAGGAAAAAAGCAGUAUAUAAGAAAGCUGAACUUGCUAAAAAAACUGAAGUUCAGGCCCACUCUCCCUCCAGGAAAAUCAUUUUAAAACCUGCUAUCAAAUAUACUAGACCAACUCAUCUCUCCUGUGUUAAACGGAAGCAGACAGCAGCAGGUGGUGAAACAAACCAAGCUCCUGGUGUAUUUAAACAAGCCAAGGAAAAACUCUCAGAUGGAGUAAGCAAGAGUCCAGAAAAGCGUUCCUCUCUACCAAGACCUUCUUCUAUCCUUCCUCCUCGAAGAGGUCUGUCAGGAGACCGAGACAGAGAGGAGAACUCUCUCUCCCUCACAACCUCCCUUUCCUCUUCAGUACGACGGCCUACCCGAUCGGAGCCAAUUCGUAGCAGAACAGGAAAAAGUGGAACUUCUACCCCCACCACUCCUGGCUCCACUGCCAUCACUCCAGGAACCCCACCUAGCUACUCCUCCCGUACUCCAGGCACUCCGGGGACUCCGAGCUAUUCCAGAACCCCACACACUCCUGGGACCCCCAAAUCUGCUAUACUGGUACCCACUGAGAAAAAAAUUGCAAUCAUCCGCACUCCUCCCAAGUCUCCAGCCACUCCGAAGCAGCUACGAGUUAUUAAUCAGCCUCUACCUGACCUCAAGAAUGUCAGGUCCAAAAUCGGUUCGACAGAUAAUAUCAAAUACCAGCCUAAAGGAGGGCAGGUACAAAUUGUAACCAAGAAGAUAGAUUUGAGUCACGUGACUUCAAAGUGUGGCUCCCUCAAGAACAUCCACCACAAGCCAGGUGGCGGACGUGUGAAAAUUGAAAGUGUGAAGCUGGAUUUCAAAGAAAAGGCACAGGCUAAAGUUGGUUCCCUUGAAAAUGCCCACCAUGUACCUGGCGGUGGUAAUGUCAAGAUUGACAGCCAGAAGCUCAACUUCAGAGAGCACGCCAAGGCCCGCGUCGACCAUGGCGCCGAGAUCAUCACGCAGUCCCCGGGCCGGUCCAGCGUGGCUUCGCCGCGCAGGCUCAGCAACGUCUCGUCCUCUGGAAGCAUCAACCUGCUCGAGUCGCCCCAGCUCGCGACCCUCGCUGAAGACGUCACAGCCGCCCUCGCCAAGCAGGGCUUAUGAAUCUGCUCCAUUUCGCAUCGUAUGAAGUAAUAAUAUUUAGGCAUGAGCUCUUGGCGGGAAUGGGCUCAGAGCAGGUGUUACAUUCAUCCUUUACCAUGUCUAAAACUAAGUCAUAUCCCAAGACUUGUAGUUAACAUACAAUAA